AUGGCGAAGGUUAACAUUCCAUCGUUUAAGCUUAACAAUGGUAUGGAAAUACCAGCGGUGGGCUACGGCACGUGGCUCGGACUGGAUGAAAAGAUGGAGUUCAAAAUCCAAGACGCGCCCAAGUUAGUGGAGGCUCUGUCGUAUGCAAUCGAUAUCGGCUAUCGACAUAUCGACACGGCGCAUCUCUACCGCGUGGAGCCGGAGAUCGGUCAGGUCGUGAAGAAGAAGAUCGCACAAGGAGUAGUCAAAAGAGACGAUCUGUUCAUCGCUACUAAGGUUUGGCACCAUUACCACCGAGAAGCUGACGUGGAGACAUCCCUGCGAGCUUCGUUAAAGCGUCUGGAUAUGGACUACGUGGAUUUAGUCCUCAUGCACUGGCCCAUGUCAAUUUCUCAAGAUGGCGUCGAUGAGAAAAUAGACUACUUGGAGACUUACCGCGGACUGGAAGCCGUUCUGAAGAAAGGCCUAACCAAGGCUAUCGGUGUGUCCAACUUUAACCUUGAGCAAAUGAAGAGGCUACUUGCCAAUUGUAACGUGGUGCCAGCUACAAAUCAAAUUGAGGUGAACCUAAAUCUAGGACAGAAGGAAUUAGUAGAAUACUGCCAGUCAAAAGGUGUAUUGGUGGUAGGGUUUACAACGUUUGGUAGUAUGGUGCCAAGUCGCGCCACGCCCGACAGCCCCGAGCCUAAAAUCGACAACCCUACAAUGGUUUCCAUCGCUAAAAAGCAUGGUAAAGCGGUUACCCAGGUCGCUCUAAGAUAUUUGUAUCAACGCGAAAUUGCCACCAUCCCGAAGUCACUAUCUAAGAAUCGCGUCCUUGAAAACGCAUCAAUUUUUGAUUUUGAAUUGGACAAGGAGGACAUUGCUCAAAUCGCUAAGUUCGACAACGGCUAUCGAACUGAUAUACCUUCAUUUUGGCAAGACUACAGCAACUAUCCCUUUGAGAAGAUUGCCAACCCUAUCCAAGGAAUACCUUUAUCUCUUCGCAAGUGGAAAAAUGGCGCGAACCUUGACAUCGACUAA